AUGGCAGACUCAGUGUAUUAUCAAAUAAGUCGAUAUACUCAACCACCAAUGAUCAUUUUAGGAACAUUGGGUGUUAUAAUCAAUCAAAUAUUAUUUUUUUCUCGAAAAUCAUUACGAGCUACAUCAUGUUCAUUAUAUUUUCGAGCACUUUCAUGUAAUGAUCUACUUGUACUUUAUAUUUAUGUACUUGUUCAAUGGCUUGUUGAUCAAUAUGGAUUUGAUCCAACAAAAACAUCUGAUUGGUAUUGUAAAACUAAAACAUAUAUACAAACUGGUCUUUAUACUUUAUCACCAUAUCUUGUUGUUUUGGCUUGUUUUGAUCGUUUAUGUACAAGUUCAACAAAUGUUCGAUUACGACGAAUUGCAACAAUUCGUAUUGCACAAUAUCUUAUUCCUUGUAUGGCUAUAUUUGUUUUUGUUGCUUAUCUUCAUAUUCCUAUUUGGUAUGUGUUAGUUUCUCAACCAACAUUUUCAAUUUGUACCAUAGUCGAUACACUAUAUGUCCGAGUAUAUGCUAUAUUUCUCGUUAUAUUCUUAGGCUUUAUGCCUCCUUUUCUAAUGAUAGUUUUAUGUGUUACUACAUUGAUUUUUCUUCGUCGACGACGACGUCGAAUAAUGCCUAUUAAUCAAGCACGUUUACGUCAACGUGAUAAUCAGUUAUUAAAAAUGCUCUUUCUCUAUGUAGCAUCUCAUUUAAUAUGUACAAUUCCAUUUAGUAUUGUACUGAUUAUUGCUGUAUAUCAGUUACCAACACCAUCAUCUAAAAUAACUUCAUUAUUUCGUUUAUUUGUUUUAUUAUUCAAUGUAAAUUUUUCAACAAGUUUUUAUGUUUAUACACUUGGUACUCCAUUGUAUCGACGUGAAUUAUAUUCUUUGAUUAAAGAUACUUAUAAUCGACUUCGUAGAAAGAUUCAUAUGAACAAUAAUCAACCAAGACUUCAAAUGAUUGAUAAUUCAUACUUGAAAAGAACAUAA